GUAAAUUAACCGAAUCCCGCCCAAACCCCCAAAACCAAAAUUCAUUUCGUUCGCAAUUGAAUUUCAAUUUUACUCUGUCAAACUAAAUAUCUCCGCCUUGUCCACCCUCUGAAGACUUCACGCGCUCUCUUUCCUUCUCUUUCUCUGAAGACCAAAACCUAGCUCUUCGAAGGAUUCGUCAUGAAGGGAGGUAGAUCAAAGGCGGAGCCUAAGAACGCCAAGCUUGGCUUGAAUAAGAAAGGCAAAGCCGUAAGCAAAUCGGGCAAAGCAGCCAAGGAUCCUAACAAGCCUAAGAGGCCUGCAAGCGCGUUCUUCGUUUUCAUGGAGGACUUCCGAGAGACGUACAAGAAGGAACAUCCUAAAAACAAAUCCGUUGCUGCUGUUGGUAAGGCUGGCGGUGACAAGUGGAAGUCAUUGAGCGAAGCUGAGAAAGCCCCUUAUGUAGCCAAGGCCGUGAAGAGGAAAGCUGAGUAUGAGAAGAACAUGAAAGCCUUCAACAAGAGACAGGCUGAAGGUCCAAAGGAGGAGGAAGAAGCAGAAUCUGAAAAGUCAAUGUCUGAGGUGAAUGAUGAGGAUGAUGAUGAAGAGGGCAGUGGGGAGGACGAGGAUGAUGAGUAGGAAUGUGCACAAGGGAAAUAGCAUGGUUCCAUAGUCAUUUAGGUUGUGACAAUGUUCCAACAUCUAUUGUCUACGGUUUGAUAUUUCUAUGUUAACUUUUCUUUAGGUUACUCUAUGCUCCCUUUGUCAUUUUGCCUUAUUAGAAUGUAAUAGCUGUAAACAGGAGAUUGGCGUCCGUGUGUUCUCUCCAUCAAAGCCUGAUGAUUUAGUUAAGUAGUUCGUGAUUUGUAGAUUA